AUGGACCCAGAACAAAGGGAAGAGUACCAAAAGCAAGUUGGCGCUACGAGUAACUUGGACAAGAUUGUGAAGACGGGCUACAAAGCCCUUCAACUUGAAUAUUCCUUUACCUAUGGUAAAGACGAAGUGCGAGCAUGGACUUUUCAGGUGUCUUAAGAUUCAAUGAAGAUAUUUUCUGCAUUUCGGUACGAAAGCACCACAAGCCGCUGGUCGCAUUCACACCGUCUUCGAGAAGGGCUUCAUUAUGGCUGAGGUCAUGAAAUUCGAGGAUCUGAAGGAAGCUGGCUCCGAACAAGCUGUCAAGAGUGCCGAAAAGUACCGUCAACAAGGACGCAACUAUACUGUAGAAGAUGUUGAUAUCACCUUCUUCAAAUUUAACGCUGGUGCAGGUCUUACUGGGAAAAAAGAAGAAGAUAACGUUUUUUGUUUGUCGUUGUUAAUGCUUUUUACAUUGAUAAAAAUUUCACUCAACAAUUUUGGUCGUGUUUCGGUACAUUGCCAUUCUUAAUAUAUGGUACGUAUUGCCGUGAGUUACGUGAAACUUAGUUUUAUUAUCUAUGUUCAUCAUCUCCAAGACACUUUUGAUUAUUCGUUGAGAAGAACAGGGAAGGCUGGAUCUGUCGUUAGCUAUCAAAUUCCUCGAGGGGAAGAGUAUGACUUCUUUGAUCUGUCUCUCGGUUGUCUUAAAACUCUGUGCGGUCAGCUCUUCUUCUGUCGCCGCCUACGGGCGGCCGACAGCGAAUCACCGUCGACGAAGGCAUGGUGCGUUCUGACAAGAGGCGGGGAGAGCCUGUUUCUAUUCCUCCUGUUCGUUAGUGCUUCCUUACCACUGUCUAACGCGACCUUCGCAUCUCUGCUCUUUGAAACGCGGGAAGAGAGAUCAAAAAUGCACUUUUUAUUCAGUUUGACUCGACCGCCCCUGCCUGUGCAUUCGGCGUCGUCGAGGGGGACGGACUUUGUAUGUUUUUUCUCGUUUUUUGUCUCGGCCCAACCCUCUUUAUAAUUUUGCAUAUUGGGGGUGGACCUUUCGGUUUUGUUGUUUUUAAGUUCGUUUUCGUGAGGUAUCAUUAAUAUUCAAAUUCAAGUUUGACAAUCGAGACGUAGUCGAGAACGUUUAUGCGUUUGAACAUUAUUUUCAUGAUAUCAACCUGAAAGUUGACAAAAAUCAUCUCACAGUACAGUAUACUCUAGUUAAUUACUCACGAAUUAUAGUAAAGCUGGCGUCGAAUCGUCAAAAUUAACACAAUGGCCAAGCCAACGGUCCCAAGAAUAAUACAGUAAUCACAAACACAGACCAAACUUUAUAUCAGCUCUCAUCCAAUCUGUCUAACAUAAUUAGUUAGCAGUUUAAAACGUAGAAAACACCUAUUUUUAAGCGAGCUAGUCCAACUAUUUAUAGGUGUUGGUGCAGAAUCGUCAGGUCGCUACGCCUGUUAGUCGAGUGAUUAAUGGUGGACCCAAUAAUAGUCAGCCGAGAAUCAUAUUCGUACCUAAUCGAUCGCAGACUUCUGCAACCCAGCCUAUGAACACCAGCCAACCAGUUUAUCUGUUCCAGAACGGGUCUCAGUCCAGCCAACCUGUAAGCAUUUGUCAACAGUAUCACUUCUGCUUCCGUAGCCUAACUAAUUCUGAAUUUUCCUUUUACUUUCAAAAUUAAUAUCAAGUUUGUCAAUCUUUAUUUUUCAGAUAUUGAUACCUGUCAUUCCCAACCAACCAAAUAAGCCCCAGCUUGUCCAAGUAGCCACUUUGACGUCAGGAGCUCCCACUACUGGUGUUAGUCAAAUGGUCUUAACCCCCGCCGGACAACAAGCUCCCAUCCAGGCACAACAACCUCCUCCACAGCAACAACGGUUCAUAAUCGCUAAAACGGAAACCAAACCAGAACCCCAGUAUCAGUCCGCAUAUAUUAUGCAGCCAGCUCAGAUACACAAACCACCUCAAGUGAUGAAUCCCUUCCCUCAACCUCCAUCUCCCAGCAAACAAAGCUCCUCUGGCGAACAGCAAAGAAUAACAUAUGGUAAGUGAGAAAAAAAGUAAUCAAAUCUGAUUGUUUAGGUAAGUUCCACAUCAAUCUGGACCCUAAUGAUCCGCUGAAAUGGAUCAUCACUUAUGACUCUGAUCAGCCUAACAACGCCGUCCCACCACCGGUCCAGAACACACCUCCAGCCGGACAGACGAUCACACCCAGCAGUUUGGGAGGAAUGUUCAUGUCACCUCCCGACUCAGUGAAUGACACCAAAAAGCAGGCCAAACGCAUUGCUUGUAAUUGUCCCAAUUGCCAAAGCAAUCAGAACAAACCGUAUGUUUUGUCGAUUUGGGAAUUUUAUUUUUAAAAACUUGUUUCCUCAUAAAGUGAGAAGUUUGUAUUAAUAUACAGCCGUUGGCCAAAAACAGGCAACCUAUUUUUUUCAAGCAUAACUUUUUUUAAAAAAAUGUUAGAAUCAAAAAAUUUUUUGUGAUUUUAGAUUGGGCAAUCAUACAACAAGCGCACCAACAAUAAUUUUUGAAUUUGUUAAUUUUGAAAAGUUGCAGUAAUUCUACCGUACCCCUAUUUUCCAACUAUGUGUAUAAUUUUUUUUUAAAAAUUGAAGGUAUGCGUUUUGUAGAGCAUAAAAAGUUGUACAUAUUCUGUAAGUUUCAUUACUUAAUCUCUUUUACUAAACGAGUAACGAUUUUUUAAAAAUAAAAAAAAACGGAAAUUUUUCAAGCGGAAUCGAACUUUUCUCGUUUUUCAAUCUUUUUUUCAAAUUUUAAAAAAUCGUAGCUCGUUUACUAGAUAAGAUGAAGUAAUCAAACUUACACAAUAUGUACAAGUUUUUAAGCACUACAAAACGUAUAUCUUCAAUUUUUGAAAAAAAAAUUAUACACAUAGUUGAAAAAUAGGGGUACGGUUGAAUUACUGUAAUUUUUCAAAACUAACAAAUUCAAAAAUUAUUGUUGUGCGCUUGUUGUAUGAUAGAGCAAUCUAAAAUCACAAAAAAAUUUUUUGUUUUUAACGCCUUUUUAAAAAAAGUUAGGCUUGAAAAAAAUAGGUUGCCUGUUUUUUGACAACGGCUGUAAGUUUCUCACUAUUGUUAUCAACGACAAAAUUAAAAUAUACAUAUUAUUUCAGAAACGGAGAACGACAACGCCUUCAUAUUUGCCACGUCUGCAACAAAACGUACGGCAAAACGUCCCAUCUACGUACACAUCUUCGAGGUCAUGCAGGUAACAAACCGUUUGCCUGCGACUGGAAUAUGUGCACCAAGAAGUUUACGAGGUCAGAUGAGCUACUACUAUAG